AUAGAAUAACUAGAGAGGGAGAAAGGACGGGUGGUGGUAGAUUGAAUUUUCCCAAAGAAGACUAAUUAAGACUUUCUAGCAGCAGACACUGAUAUAGAAGAUUCAACUUGAUUCAAUUGUACAUACAGAAAUUUUGAAGAUGGACAAGAAGGAAGAACCCAUGAGUUUUAAUGAAGCUGUAAACAAGGCGACUAUUUCAAUCCAACGUUUUCCUCUGAUUGAGGUACAAGGCAUACCACUUAGGAAUUGGAUCGCUCAAAACUGGAGUUCAAUUUGGGCUUUCUGCCCUCAUCCAUCUGAUUUGCUCAUCUCCACCUACCCCAAAUCAGGUACCACAUGGGUCCAAGAAAUAGUGGACUUACUGCUGCAUAAUGGAGACCAAGAGAUUUGUAAGAGAGCACCAACAACUGUACGCAGCCCAUUUUUGGAGAUCCAUUAUCCUCCUCCAAUUCCAUCAGGACUUGACCUACUAAAAACAAUGAAACCUCCCAGAGUCAUUAAGACACACUUACCCAUACAGCUGGUGCCUGAAGGGUUCUGGGAAAAUAAAUGCAAGGUCAUUUAUGUGGCUCGAAAUGCUAAAGACAAUGCGAUCAGCUACUUCCACUUUGACCGAAUGACUCUGGUUCAUCCAGAACCAGGAUCAUGGGAAGAAUAUCUCCAGAAAUUCAUGGAAGGAAAAUUGUCUUGGGGAUCUUGGUAUGACCAUGUGAAAGGUUACUGGAAGGAAAAAGAGAAGAGGAAUAUCCUUUACAUGUUCUUUGAGGACAUGAAAGAGAACCCUCGUCGAGAAACACUGAGGAUCAUGGAGUACCUGGACUUGUCGCUAUCUGAUGAAAUCAUUGACAAGAUUGUGGAGUUGACAUCCUUUAAAGUCAUGAAAGAUAACCCAAUGGCCAACUACUCAACCACCCCAAACGUCAUAUUUGACCGCUCCAUCUCUGCUUUCAUGAGAAAAGGAGAGGUUGGAGACUGGAUGAAUUACUUCACUCCAGCUCAGUCCCAGAUGUUUGAUGAGGAUUAUGCCAGAAAAAUGGCUGAUGUAGACAUGCCUUUUCGCACCAGCAUAUAGAAGGUGUCACAGAAAAGAACCGGAACCUACGCUGACAUCUACACUUCACUAAACAUGGAUAUGCAAAGAUAAUUUUGAUUAUUUUCAGCACUUAUAGUGUUACACUAUGAUGAAAAACGUUGCAAAAAUAAAUAAAUAAAUAAAUAAAUAAAUA